UGGGUGAGCGAUUCAAAAGUACAAUCAUGGAAUUUUGCAAAGGGCAGGUGCUUUGGUGGUUUAAAGGUUAAUUUUAAGCAUAAGUGAACAAUAAGUAAUUAGUAGACGAAACAAAUGAUUUACUUCAUUAGUGAAGGACAUUUUAUUUUUAUUAAGGGGGCUGGAAAAGUUUCCUAAAGUGGCGAAAAUACGUUCUAUUAUUUGUGUACAAGCGCGUCCAAUAUAUUUCAAGAUGGCAGAACACCAGGGAAAUUCUUCUAACCAAUUGAAUCAAGCUAUGUCUAGCAGUAGCCUGUACCAAAAACUGGAUCUAAGAGCUUCAACAGACACGGACAUGUCAGCUGAAAGACGGAGGCAACUGAAGCUGAGUUUUACACCUAGUAACUUUACGAUUGGAGGCAGUGGAGGUACAGCUUCUUAUCAAUCUCUGACGUGUAGGCAAUUACAACCUUCCUCUAACUCAACUCAUGACGAGCAGCUCAACUCAAGCCCGGUUCGGAUGAAGACAGUGUGUCCACCUCGCAUCCGCCCGUUUAAUCCUGAUUCUGUACCUGACAAAUCACGAGACAGGUUACGAAUGUGCCAGAGCAUGCAGUCUACAGGCAAGUUGCAAGUGUCGCCAGAAUCGAUUUAUGACUUCACAUCAGAUGACCUCCAAGACUUGGGUGAAAUAGGAAGAGGAGCAUUUGGAACUGUUAACAAGAUGGUACAUAGGCGGAGUAAUACUGUUAUGGCUGUUAAGAGGAUUCGGUCAACAGUUGAUGAGAAAGAACAGAAACAGCUGUUAAUGGACUUGGAAGUUGUUAUGAAAUCAAAUGAAUGUCCUUGUAUUGUCCAGUUUUAUGGUGCCCUCUUCAAGGAGGGAGACUGUUGGAUAUGUAUGGAGCUCAUGGAUACAUCCUUAGAUAAAUUUUAUAAGUUUAUCUAUGAGAAAUUACAAGAGAGGAUACCUGAAAGUAUAUUAGGAAAGAUUACAGUAGCCACUGUGAAGGCACUGAACUACUUGAAGGAAGAACUGAAGAUCAUUCACCGAGAUGUGAAACCAAGCAACAUUCUGUUGGACAAACGAGGCAACAUCAAGCUGUGUGACUUUGGUAUCUCUGGCCAGCUAGUGGAUAGCAUAGCUCGCACUCGCGAUGCUGGCUGCCGUCCAUAUAUGGCUCCUGAGAGGAUAGACCCACAGCGAGCACGUGGCUAUGAUGUUCGCUCUGAUGUGUGGUCUCUGGGGAUCACCCUUAUGGAAGUGGCAACAGGACACUUUCCGUACCCAAAGUGGAAUUCGGUAUUUGAGCAGCUGUUUCAGGUCGUGCAGGGAGAUCCUCCACGACUUUCUCCAAAUGAAAAUGGAAACCAUUUCAGUACUGAAUUUGUUAACUUUGUGAAUACUUGCCUGAUCAAGGAGGAAACGCAAAGACCCAAGUACAACAAACUUCUUGAAGACAGAUUCAUUCGUUCAAGUGAUGAGGCGAACGUGGAUGUGGCGCAGUACGUCAGUGAUGUCCUGGACCUGAUGGCCAAUAAUGGAGCUACGGCAUUCACCAUGAACCAACCUUGAUUAUGCUUGUCUAAUGUUGUUAACGUUGAGGUUUGGCGGAUUCAUUACCUACAGCCCGACUUGUUUCCCAUCCACGCAGAACAGGUCAGAACAUCCUUAAGGGUGGCCGUGUACUAUGAAACUUUUACUGUCCUCUGCGUAUUUCGAUUGUUCAGUAUAGUGGGAGUGUCACCUUUCACUUUAGUUGUAUAGAAAUGUUUUGUUUAUGAAGUUAACCAAAGCAUUUCCGUGAUGAGUGUGGUGAUAUGAGGGCACUAGUCAGCACAGACGAUCAGCAUGCAGUACUCUGUACAUUUCCUCUCCAUUGCUUUUCUUGACUGAUAACUGUAGAAUUCAUUGGUUUUUUUCCAUUGACUUAUUGCAGUGGGGGAAAGUGGUAAAUUCUGAAUCUGUUAUGACUGGGGUUUCUAUGUCAUUUGAUUUAUCAGUCAUUUCAGUAGCAGAUGCAGGAUAUGCCUUAAAAUAGACUGUAUCGCCAUAGCAACAGUUUGACAUUUGCCUGUCGACUGUCAUCAAUCCAGUUACUUCAUAGAAAUGUAUUAUGCUGUUAUUGAAAAUCAAAUUACAAGUUUUCCAUUUUUUUUUGUGUAUAUAAUAAAUUGAAGGAACACAACAUGUUUUAGGUUAUAAGUAACUAUCCAAUAUGUUUGAGCUAUAACUUGAUACGAUAGAAUAUGGCGAGCCCCUUUGCCCUUGAAACUUCAUUAGUAUUACUGCAAAUGAGUUGCAGUAUUUGAGGUCAUUAUGUUGUCACGUGGGUUGUUGCACGAUGUAGCCUUCUGGUCAUAUUCCAACAUUUGAGAGGCAGAGAAGACUACGAAGUGCAGCAAACUGGAAGACAACUAACUGAAGAAUUAUCAGCUGGUUCUUCUGAAAAAAUCAUGAAGUUCUGUACAUACUGAUCAUACAUAAGACCUAGGAAAAUAUCCACAAGUCCACAGUUAUCAGUAAUUAAACUACUCCUUUUUGACUGAAAAUGUAGGAUUAUGUUUUUCAUGACGAAUUCUAUGAGCUUUGAACAUAAAUUUUUAAAGUCAAAUAUGUAUGAAGAAUUGAAUAUUAAUAGUGCAAUUUGUCUUUGUCCCUGGCUCUAUUAUGUGGUGAUCAUGUUUUUAAUCAUUAUUACAUUGUGUUGGGGCAGAGCACAUAAGGGAACACAUUAAUAUUGUGUAUCCUGGAAUCCUUCCAAAUAUUGCACUGAAACUAGUUACCUUAAAUGUAUGUAAAAUUUUAGUACGUUUUCAAAGGAGCAGGAAAUAUACUAAUUAUUGAAUACAACAUAAACUAUACUCUUAUGUAAAUUCUCAUUAGUGGCACUGUAGAUGAUUUGAGAUGGAAAGCUUAGUUCAGUGAAUGUUUGGUUGAUUUGUAAUGAGCGUGAGACAUACAGCGAUGUCUCAUUUUGUUUAUAGGUUGCAUUGGCAUUGCUUGAUUUCCUAAUUUCUUCUGCUGUUGAUGUAUGUUUCUAUAGCUAAUAGAAUCAUUGGCUACAGUGGGUUCUGUUAAUUGAAAUCUUACUCAUUUGAAUAGUUUGAAAUUGAUACAGUAUGUCUUCAAAAGUUUUGUCACCUUUUGUAUGUCGGUAGGAAGAUUAUUACCAUCGAGUAUCAGAAUUGUGACCUCUUUGCACGUUCCUGUUACAUGGACUGGAUGAUUGGGUUUCCAUUCCUUGCAGGGAAUCAUCACAUCCAGAAAGAAUAUUCACUUUUCCCACGAGAAAGCAACCAAUGCACUGACCACUCACCUCCGUUUUGUGCCAAAGUCUAGAAUGCAUGACCUUCAUCUCCAAAUCAGAGUUUGUAUGGAUAUUUUAAAUGUGAAAAUGUAUUGAUAUGCAUGUUGCACUGACCUUGUAUCAAAUUAUUUACACAAAUUAGGAAAUGUAUGCAUAGCAAAACAGUGGCACAUUCAACAGAAUUUGACCUUUGAUUUUUGUGAAGGCUCUGUUGACCCGAGAGUUCUCUGGGGUCAUUGACUUAUGCAUGGGAGGGGUGCCUGUUUCAGUGAUGUUAUCAUCAUGGAAGAUAUCCCCAUUUGUGGGACUGGCUGGUGAUUCCCCAGGUAACCAUGGUUACCAAGAUAGUUUUGGAAUUCCACCUCCCCACUUUCUUCUGUAUGUGGAAACACAUGUAGGGCUUAUGUAAAGUGCCCAUUAUUGUUGUCCAUUUUAACCAGAAUUGGUAAUGUGUUGACAAAUGUUCAGUAAAACUUCAAAUAUAAAGUUAUAUGAAAAUCUUUUAAGCCAUUCCAGAGUUAUUAUGUGUGGGCAGAGGGGCGGACAGGGUGAAGAUAAUUGACACAUUUUUAAACUUUUAGUUGCAAGUGCUCAUAAAAGUAUAAUUGUAUUUAUAAAAUUUAUUUAAUUUACAUUUCAGCAUCGACAACCAAAAUAGUAAUUUGCUUUUGCAUGAGAAUGUCAAUCUAGAGUCACAUGAUAUAUCUAGAUAUGUGUGAAAAUUUUUCACAAUUUUUUUGGUUUCAUCAUGGGAGCACUUUUGUCUCCAUGAAAAUUACAAAUGUACAUUUACCACCGUAGGAUUUGUGGUGCCGAAGUAUUUAAUCAUAAUAAUUUUGCAGGGAUGCAGAUUUGAAGACCUCUGUUCUCAGUGCCAUUCUGCACUUCAAUGUUUCAUCUCCCUGGAAAUCCAAUUUAUCUCCAUAUUUACAAUUUUACUGCUGUUUUUCGUAACCUUUCACCUUCUGUUCUCAUUAUACAUCCAAAUUGCAUUUAUUUGUUGUUUAAUACUACCAAUAUUUCCUUGUUGAAUGUGCAGAGAGGAUCAUUCUUUUACUUGCAGCCUAUUCAUAGACACUGGACAUUGGGCAACUUCUCUCAGAUCCGAUAGUAACAUGCUGGUAAAUAAUCUAUUCACACUUGAAAAAUAUUUUCAAUAAAACCAUAUAACCUGAUAUUGCAGUUGCUGCUGAAAGCAGUGUCCACAAUCAUCCAAGUACGUUUCACAUUAAUGUAAGAAAUUCUGUGAACAUCUUUUGUCCUCUCUCUGUGAUGAACAGAAUAACAUUCUGGAUCUUGAUCUCCAAGCACAUGGAUUGUUUCUGUAGACAUUUUCUUUCAAGUUAUUGCACAGAUGAAAAUGACACACAUUUAGAUUCAGGGAACAUUAUGACCAUGGUCCUCUGCUGAUCAGUUGAAAAACAGUAUGCAGAAAGGUUGCUUUAAAGACAUCAAUUUCUAGUAAGAAUCAACAAAGCGUCUUAUUUUGGACUCUAUUCAAGUCUUGUUUCGAUUUUUUUUAAGAGUUUCUGGUGUCAUCACAACUUUUCGUUGGUGUUUGUUUCUAUGAACAGUGGAGUUGGUUUCAGGCCACUUUUUCUACAACGGCAGAUUGUUUUAUUAGCACGAGUUACCACGUGUGGCUCACCAACUGACGUAGUGACUUCUUAUAAGUAUGGGUAUCUUUUUCUCUUAACAGAAUAAAGCUCCUUGUGCCAAUUGUAAUUUUUGUCGUGUACUAAAAGAAAUAAUUGGAUUCUAAUUCACUCUCUGUGUAAUUUGCAGCUAAAACAGUCUGGGCAUUGAAUUGUCGCGUAUUUAAGACCAGCAUUCAAAGGACUGGCUUAUUCAUAUUGUAGUGAUACUAUGAUCAUAGUAGCUUGAUUAGUCAAGUUUGGAAACUAGAAACUUACAAGUAAAUGCUGUAAUGUCUUCAACCAUAGAUUUAAGCCAGUAAAAUACAGCCAUCUUCACCAGAGAGAUGGAAAAUUAAUGCCAUUGCAGUUUGUAACCAUAACCUAUAUUAGGGCUUUAAGAAACUCCUAAUUGUGAUAUGAAAACUCUCUCAGGCGAAAGGAAAUAAAUUGUAUUGUUUCACUGAAAAUGUAUUCCGGAAUGGAACUUGGUGUUUCUGGAUUGGGUUUAAGGAUGCCAGUUGAGUAUAACAUGAACACAGCUUGUUUUAUUUUCUCUCCGCAUAUUCUGGCUUUUCUUGAUGUUCUGGGUUAACUAUAGCAGCGGUUGGAUACUGCGGCCCCUUGUUUUCAUCACAUAGUUCAGCAUUGCACUGAAUGACGUAGAUUCUGCGCAUGUUGGUGUUCAGAACUGAUGUGGCUCUCUGUCUGUACUGAAGGGUUAUUGAAACAUUACCAUUUUGGAACAUUUUGUAAUAAUAACACAUUUUAAAAAGGUUGAAGUCAUGUGUGACAUUACGGAGUUAUGUGGCCAUCUUAAUCAUGGACGGGCCUUACAGAUGAAUGUGUGUUGGUUGAUACUUCUCUACAUUCCUGAAAGCAAACAGCCUGUGGACAUAAUUGUACUGUUUCUGCUUGAUCUUAUUUCAGUGCUACAUUUGAAGACAGGAUAGAUCCUUGCAAAUGUAGUGGUGGCAUUUGUUGUAAUAAGUUAUAUUUCCUAGACCUUCAGCACAUUCACUGUUACCAACAACAGUACACGUCCCUAGCAUCAUUGAUAGUUCGCAUUACCAGAACUAGUUAUCAAAACAUUAAAUAGUUUCUCCUUUAAAUAUCCUUCGGUUGCCACACAACAUUCAGAGAUCAUUUUACUGGCUCUGGGAAGUUCAAAUUGUAUUUUUGUUAUAUACUGUUUUUUUUAAUAAUUUACUCAUGGUUAUUUUUUGUUGUGAAAUUAAUGAACUAAAUAGCUCCGUGAAUUUCCUUCAUUCCAUUCUAACAUGUGAAAGAUGACAUCAGUAAAAAAAUGUUAUCUGAAAAUCUUAAAAUUGCAAAUUUAAUGUCAGAUUUGAAUUGAGAAAGAAAUUGAGCGGGAAAAAUGGGAAAACAUUGUAUUUGUCAUUCUCUGUCAUUGAUACAUGUCAUUUGAUAUGUGGUGUGGAUUUUCAGCAAUGAAAAUUCAGUAGACGAGAUGCUGUGAUGAGCAUGGUGUGAAUUUUGAGCUUGUAAAUGCCCAAAUAGUUUAUAUAAAAAUGUAUCUUUGUUACCAUUUAACCCUGUACAGAGCCUACCCAGUGUUUCGGAUAAAACA